AGCCGUAUUGUGGUCCAGCUCAUGUCUGUAUACCUCAUCAUUUUUGCAGUCAUCCUCAAAUUUGGGGCGGUGUUUGCUGCCAUGCCGGACCCAAUCGUUGGUGGCGUCUUAGCUAUAACCAUCGGUAUGGUGUCUGCAGUAGGACUUUCUACGUUACAACAUGUCGACAUGAAUUCACCUAGGAAUCUCUUUAUCGUUGGAUUCUCUUUCCUGAUGGGACUCUCUCUCCCAGAAUAUCUUGCAGCAAAUCCUGAUAUCAUCCAAACAGGUCUUCCAACUCUUGACCAGAUCUUGACAGUACUGUUGCGGACUAGCAUGUUCCUUGGUGGCCUGAUAGGGUUCAUAUUGGACAAUACCAUACCAGGUACUCCUGAUGAACGAGGUCUAAAAAGGAUGCAGCACGUAAGCAGCUCAUGCACCAGCGAUGAUGAUGGCAUGAAUGAGGAAAUGAAAGCGGAAGUAACACGCCUUGUCAACGGUUGCUAUAACAUGCCGUUUGGAAUGUCAUACAUCAGAAAGUGGACCUGGACCAAGUACAUUCCGUUUAGUCCUACAUUUCUUGGUUUCAACUUAACUUGUAAACGCAAAUAUAAGUUUUGGAAGCGAUUGUCUAAUGCGGCAGAAACUCAAGUGUAACUAGUUUACAAAUGUGUUCGACUGAAUGGAUGCUCCUUUGCAUUACGCCCAGUGACCAUUGAACUACCGUGUGUUGUAUGAUGGCAUGUGAUGAGUGAAAUCUACCUUGUAGACAUUAUAUGCUGUUAUAUGGGGCAAGACUCGGUCUACUUUUUUAGGGUCAAAAGUAACAAACAGUAAUAGUAGAAAUCGUAGAACAUCCCCUCGAUUGCCAUGGGUUACUAAUUCUAUAUCGAGGUCAAUGAAUAGGAAACAUAAGUUGCAUUAUAAGUAUAAGAUAACUAAAUCUCGGUCUU